GCCCAAAAGCAGCAGUUUGUUUGCUGUACCAUAUUGGUUGAUAUCUGAGUUUUCAACUGAAGCAAGUACUUGAAUAGCUGCAACCAAGUGCUCCCUGAUUUUUCUUUUGUAGGUCUCCUAUUGAUAUCCUCCAUCUCUAGCUUUCCCGGUCAUGGAAGCCAUUUCUCAUAUUCUGCAGGACAUGCGUGAUUACUGGGCGGACCAUUUCUCUCACAGGUUUUUACCCAGAAGGCCAAUACUUCGUCAAGCAACCUCUUUGUCUACUUUCUAUCUGCUGGACUACAAAACCCGUCAAGUUGAACUUGGGAUGGAUUAUGGCCCUCCAUGUACUCAACUGAGCAAAGCAAAAUUUGUCUUUCACAAUGGUGAGUGGCAGAGUGACAGUGUCCCUCAACAGAUGCCCUUACUGCAGUUAUUCUCCUCUCCUGACAAGGAAUCACCAAACAAGGCCCUGAAGAAAGCCAACAAAGCACUACUGGAAGAGAACAACUAUCUGAAGCUGCAACUUGAGUUGCUGAUGGACAUGCUAACAGAGACCACAGCAAGACUACACUCAGUGGAGAAAAGGCUUGACACUACUUCAUGGCAUCCAAAGAUUAAAAAGACAAGCAAGGUGCUGAUGCUUCAAUCUUAA